UUUGAGAGCCAGCGAACGGAGCGGAUGGAGUUGCGAGAAGGGGAUCCGGCCUGUGAAUUCAUAUAGUUUGUGGCGGGCAUUAAAAACGAUCGACACAUUUGCCUGUCGGAUGAGAACGCGUUCAGAAGUUCAUCGGGUAUGAGCUUGCGAAAGUAUAUCCGAAUGGAUAAGAACUCAAACUGAAUCUCUAGAAUUUCGAUCAAAUAAAUAAAUCCGAUAUGGCUAGCAUUACCUAUGCAUUGUGUCUGUGCUCGUUGUUUAUAUUAUUCUCGCCGCUUGUGUCCUCAAAUCGGCGUGUCCGGCGACAAAAUCGAUCCGAUCGCCUGCUGGCAGACAUCGGAGUACGUGCCCAGUCCUACGAUCCCCGUGUGCCGGAAAAUGGCAUCCAGCAGUACACCGAUAUCGACCAGGAUCUGCGCCAUCUGUUUCUCAACACCAGGCAGACCACGCUGAGAUGGGCCCUCAACAACAUCGAUGCGCUGAGCAGCCGCGGCAGACGCGAGGGAAAGCUCCAGGUUCCGGUGUCCAAGAAGGUGCCCUUCCUGUGUCCCACGAACGACACACGCUCCCCCAGUCCGCCCACUUCCAUAGAGCACCUCAGGCCGGGUGAUAUUGACAUCAUAGCUGCCUUCGGCGACUCCCUGUCCGCAGGCAAUGGAAUACUGUCCAACAAUGCCAUCGAUAUGAUCAACGAGUUCCGCGGCCUGACCUUCUCCGGUGGCGGUCUGGCCAACUGGCGAAGAUUCGUCACUCUGCCGAACAUCCUGAAGAUCUUCAAUCCCAAAUUAUACGGCUUUGCGGUGAGCAACAGCCUGGUGAUCAACCACCGAUCCUCGCGACUGAACAUCGCCGAGCCGAUGAUCAUGUCGCGGGAUCUGCCCUUCCAGGCUCGUGUGCUCAUCGAUCUGCUGCGACGCGAUCGCCAUGUGGACAUGAAGCGGCACUGGAAGCUGCUGACAGUGUAUGUGGGAAACAACGACAUCUGCUCCGACUUGUGCCACUGGGACACGCCGCAGAGCUUCCUUGACCAGCACGCCCGCGAUCUGCGCCAGGCAUUCCGGCUGCUGCGCGACCAUGUGCCGCGCCUGCUCAUCAAUUUGAUUGUGGUGCCAAACAUCCCGCUGGUGUUGAGCACCAUGACCCAGGUGCCGCUGCAGUGCUUCGUGGUGCAUCGUGUGGGGUGCCACUGCCUGAUUAACGACCGCCUCAAUCGCACCGAGUUCAAUGAGCGCAUGGACACCCUGACGCGUUGGCAGCAGCUGGACAUGGAGAUCGCCCGGCUGCCGGAGUUCCAUCGCCAGGACUUUGCCAUCGUCGCGCAUCCGAUGCUGACCAAACUGACCGCACCCACGCUGCCCGAUGGGAGCACUGACUGGCGGUUCUUCUCCCACGACUGCUUCCACUUUAGCCAGCGCGGCCACGCGAUCAUCUCGAACCUGUUGUGGAACAGCAUGCUCCUGCCGGACGACCAGAAGCCACGACCUUCGGUGGUGCCCGAGCUGUUCGAGCGGGUCGUUUGCCCCACUGCGGAGCAGCCCUACUUUGUGGUCAGGCCAAGUUGAGGGUCUCCCAAGAUCGGGAACGGGUUAAGUUACUUGGUUUGGCUGUCUGGUGACCCUUUUUCGUGGCGUAACCGCAGUCUGGUGUGCACAGAGAAAAAUUGCUUUUUAUUCGCAUAUCAAAUUAUAGCAGUCUAGGCACUUUUCAUAAUUCAUAAUAAAUUAUUAUUAUUUAUAACCAUAAUAUACAAAACGUGCCACUUCCACUUCCGCAAAUCUCAAGCGGAAUGCAUUGGAUAGUGCAAAGGAAACUCAAAGGAUUUUGUUUACAAAAUAAUAUUUGAUCUUUGACAUUGCAAAUAAAUAAAAAUAUAUUUGUCAUGCUGUCAAAAACGUUUAAAGAUUAAAAUGAAUUAAUUUAGGUGGCAUUAAAUGUAUUUUAUCUUACUGACAAAGGGGUUUACCUUCCGUAUGCGUUCAGUUUUCACAACUUUUUCUUCAUACCUUUUACCCAAACCCAUUUCCAUUUCAAUUAAAGUAUUAUGCAAUUUUUAAUUUAUAUUUUUAAUUAAUUAAAAACACAUCCCCAUCCGGAAUAAAAAUUCAUUAAAACAUUUCUUGCUUAUGCGGCAGAAAAAAUGCUCCGGCUUACAGUGAACACCAUCCUUGAUGUACCCCUCCCCCCCUCGUUCUUCUCAACGCGUGACAACGUCGCCUGCUCAUUACCUGCCUCUUUCCAGUCCCGUCCCUGCCACGCCCACUUUCCCCCAAACGCAGAAAUUAAAAUAUAAAAUAUAAAUAACAGCAAAAAUAAAGUUGCAGCGGGGUAGCUCGACUAUGGGAUACCGUCUGCUUUCUAUAUUUAA